AGAAGGCAGAGGCAGAUGGUGCAGUUUAGUUUUGUAACAAUCAUGUCUGUGUAUUGAAAUGUGUUAUUUUAUUGUAAAAUUAAUGUUUAAUGUGAUCUUGUAAUUAGUUUAUUAAUGUGUAUAUUUGUCAAUUUGUGUUAUUACAAACGUUGACUCUCCUAGUUCCAACAUUCUUUUUCAACAAAAGCUGUUAACCACAAGAUGUCUUUCGAACAAGAUGACGAAGAGCAGUUGCAAUUUGGCCAGCGUUUCGAUGUCGGUUCAUUUCCGAAAGAUUAUGACUAUUCAAGGUUCGAUCCGGAAGCUGAGGGAGCGGAGGGACCCUCAUCUGGUGAACAAAAACCUCGCAUACUACUGAUGGGAUUGAGAAGGAGUGGCAAAUCGUCGAUACAGAAAGUUGUUUUUCAAAAAAUGUCGCCGAACGAGACACUUUUCCUGGAGAGCACAAACAAAAUAGUCAAAGAGGACAUCUCCAACUCAUCGUUUGUCCAGUUUCAAAUAUGGGAUUUCCCAGGUCAAAUAGACUUUCUAGACCCCAGCUUUGAUUCUGAUAUGAUAUUUGGAGGCUGUGGAGCUCUUGUAUUUGUUAUAGAUGCUCAGGACGACUAUAUGGAAGCUCUGAAUAAAUUGCACCUAACGGUUACCAAGGCAUACAAAGUCAAUCACAACGUAAAGUUCGAAGUGUUCAUUCACAAAGUAGAUGGUCUUACAGAGGAUAACAAGAUGGAAACCCAGAGGGAUAUACAUCAACGAGCCAAUGAUGAUCUUACUGAUUCCGGCUGUGAACAAAUCCACCUGAGCUUUCACUUGACAUCCAUAUAUGACCACAGUAUAUUCGAGGCUUUCAGUAAAGUUGUGCAAAAAUUGAUUCCGCAAUUGCCAGCGUUAGAGAAUCUCUUGAAUAUUAUGAUUUCGAAUUCGGCAAUCGAAAAAGCAUUUCUAUUCGAUGUAGUGUCAAAAAUAUAUAUAGCAACUGAUUCUUCCCCGGUCGAUAUGCAGAGUUAUGAGCUGUGCUGUGAUAUGAUUGAUGUCGUCAUCGAUGUCUCAGGAAUUUAUGGGCUUCAAGAAGAGCCGGAAACUCCUGCCUUUGAUAGUCAAAGUUCUAGUCUGAUCAAGCUAAACAAUGGAACAAUUCUCUAUCUUCGUGAAGUGAACCGGUUUCUGGCGUUUGUUUGCAUCCUCAGGGAGGACAAUUUCGACAGACAAGGCGUUAUAGAUUACAAUUUCCUGUGUUUUCGCGAAGCAAUUCAACAAGUGUUCGAUCUGAGAAAUAAACCAAAUGGCUCAGACAUCGCUACCGCCAGCAAUAGUGAAGUUGCCAACUCCGCCGCCUCUGCUUCUUCCAGUAAAACGGAACCAACGUGAGAGAAUUCGCCCGCCCACCCAUCGACUGUAAACAAGUGAAACAUUUCGAAAAAUCUAUGCAAAUAUCGAUAAGAAAUUAAUUGAAAAUAUAUCAUUUUCAAUUUCGAUAUCUGCGAAUGUGACAAGUUUAAUACAACAUCCACUCCCUGAGAACCUUCGUUCAAUUGGUAUCAAUCAAUCUGAGAUUUAUCUGUAAAUACCUUUAAAUAAAUGUCUUGAUCUACUGUCAUAGCUAUAAAAAUUGCGAAAUGGUAGAAUACAAAAUCCCAUUAUUUACUGUAUAUGUAAGUUUAUUGUGUACAAAAUUAGAAGGAAAUAAUGAUUGGAAUUGUUCAAAAUACAAGUAAAAUUGAGCAGUUUUUGAAUGAUUUGGCGGUAAUUUUCCCUUUUGCUUUUUCACAUUGGACCACAAAUUAUAAAAAGGAAUUCUUUGACCAGUUCUGUAAUCAUCACUUUAGAUAACAGUUUUCCCAACAUUUCAUUCAAAUUCCCCCUUAAGAGAGAAUAGCAUUCACCAAUUAUUAGAUAUCUUAAAUCUUUCAAACAAUGCGUUCCACCGAUGUGACUGACCAAAGAAAAAUUAAGCUUGAUAUAUUUCUUACAAAUUUUAUUCAGUAGAUUUUUUUGACAUUUCUAACAGUUUUCUGUUACAUAUUUCCGCUCUAGGAAGUGUUUAUUUUUUAACCAGUUUAUCACUCAACUUUUUGUUCAUUCAGGGCAUGUAAAACUUUAAAAAUAUAAAUUAAAAUAUAAAUCUGAGUACCCUUUUUAAAUUAUUUCGUCACGACAUGUUUCGGCUACUAAUGCCAUUUUCAAGUCAGUUCAGUUUCAGUUUUUGACUUGAAAAUGGCAUUAGUAGCCGAAACAUGUCCUGUCGAAAUAAUUUAAAACUCAGAUUUCUAUUUUUAUUUAUAUUAAAAAGUAGCCCUAAAGAAAUAAGAUAACUUCAACAAUGUAUGUUAAAAAGAAAUGCUCAUCGUAGGAAUUCAGAGCAUGUUAUUCCCUCUAAUAAUUUUAUAUAUAUAAUUUCAUGUUUUCCUGUUAUUUUGUAUGUUGAUUGUUUUGUUUUGAAUAAAUUCCAAUUUAAAAAUAUUGAAACAGGAUAUCAACUUGAAGAUCAUUGGGAACGCAUUUAUGUCCAAACAGGAUAUCAACUAUCCAAUUUAAAAA